UCCAAACUUGGGCAUAAAAACAGAGUAACUGGUCUGUUUCUUUCUUCCCCAGGCCCUUAAAAUUGCGAUCUUCAAGCCAUCUUGCUCAGGAUUCUUGAUCGGCUGCUUGGCGCUGAACCUGAACCACCAUGUCCACCCCUGGAGAAUACUAUCGAUCGUUGCCGCCGGUGAGCAAGACCUACGGAGUGGCUUGUCUAAUGACAACCGCAGCUUUCUACCUGGAUCUUUACAACCCCGAGAGCAUUGCUCUGUUUUAUGACAACGUCUUCAAACGCUUCCAGAUUUGGAGGCUGAUCACCAAUUUCUUCUUCCUGGGUCCUUUUUCCUUCCCCUUUGCUUUCCGUCUAAUCAUCAUAGCGAAAUAUGGAGUUUCCCUGGAGAGAGGACCCUUCGACCAGAGAACCGCUGAUUUCGUGUGGAUGUUCUUCUUCGGAGCGCUCUCACUUCUCGUAAGUGAUGCGGUUCCUGCUUUGUGGUCGCCUUUCAUGGGUGUUUCUCUGGUUUUCAUGAUCGUCUACAUCUGGGGAAGAGAAUUCCCCAAUGCCCGCAUCAGCAUUUACGGACUCGUCUCCUUGAAGGGGUUCUACCUUCCAUGGGCAAUGUUGGCUCUGGAUUUGAUCUUCGGCAACCCACUGAAACCGGACAUCCUGGGAAUCGUCGCCGGCCACAUCUACUACUUCCUGACCGUGCUUCAUCCCCUCGCCGGCGGCAAAUACGUCUUCAAGACUCCUCGCUUUGUGCACAAAUUGGUGGCGUUCUGGGGCGAAGGGAAGCAGCUGAAUUCUCCAUUUCAGAGCGACCCAUCGGCGGGAGUUGCUUUCCGGGGAAGAAGCUACCGUCUCAGUGGCGGCGGAGGACGACGACAAACGCCACCGGCGAGCGGUGGUUCACCAGCAGCAACAACUGGGGAGCAGCAGCAGGGGAAUGCCGCCGAGGGAGUAGCUUUCCGCGGGAGAAGCUAUCGCCUUGAUAGUGAUACACACACUAAUGCAUCCACUUAGGUAAAGUAUACCCUAAAUGAGGAUUGUAAUAUAUAGUGGAGGACAUCUCAAGGUCGUAUUCUACGGGGUUUCGAAACUAUUGACACUCGAAGAAUGUUGUCGUUAUCUAAUCGAAUAAUCGAGGUUGUUUAAUCCUAAUCAAACACAGAAGACGGUAUUACUUAAGGUUCACUCAAGAGAAAGGGUAUUUGGGUCCCUAACAUCAGUCAUGUGAAUUGGCAACAUAGAACUUCCUUGUAUCAUCGCUAACUAUCCAAAAUGUAGGCAUCACUA